CGGCGGCCCGGAAAGAUCUGAGGCGGAGCUGAAGGAGGGGCUCCGCCGGCCGCCAUUUUCCUGCGGCGGUCAGCUGUAUGUGAGGAGGAGGAGGGACGGAAGGAAGGAAGGAAGGGCCCUUCCCGGGUGACUGGCCCGGCUCUUCCCGAGGGCGGCGCGUCCAGGGCCGGGCGGCGGUGUGGGGUCCAUCCGGGACCGCCCUCUCCUUUCCUCCUCUUCCCAUUCCCUCCCCUUGUUUCUCACGCCAGGUUAGGAGCGGCGGCGGCGGCUGGCGGGCUCCGAGUCGGGCACCAUGUCUGGGCAGAGCCUCACCGACCGCAUCACGGCGGCGCAGCACAGCGUGACCGGCUCGGCCGUCUCCAAGACCGUCUGCAAGGCCACCACGCACGAGGUGAUGGGCCCCAAGAAGAAGCACCUGGACUAUUUAAUACAGUGCACCAAUGAGAUGAACGUGAACAUCCCACAGUUGGCAGACAGCUUGUUUGAGAGGACAAUGAACAGCAGCUGGGUGGUGGUAUUCAAGUCGCUCAUCACAACUCAUCAUCUAAUGGUGUACGGCAAUGAGCGUUUCAUCCAGUAUCUGGCUUCCAGAAACACCUUGUUUAACUUGAGCAAUUUCUUGGACAAAAGCGGAUUGCAAGGGUAUGAUAUGUCAACAUUUAUCAGGCGGUAUAGCAGGUAUCUGAAUGAAAAAGCGGUUUCUUAUAGACAAGUAGCAUUCGACUUUACAAAAGUAAAACGAGGGCCCGAUGGAGUGAUGAGGACGAUGAAUACAGAGAAACUCCUAAAAACUGUACCAAUUAUACAAAACCAAAUGGAUGCCCUCCUUGAUUUCAAUGUCAACAGCAACGAACUCACAAAUGGCGUAAUUAAUGCUGCCUUCAUGCUUCUCUUCAAAGAUGCCAUUAGACUCUUCGCAGCAUAUAAUGAAGGGAUUAUUAACCUGCUGGAAAAAUAUUUUGACAUGAAAAAGAACCAGUGCAAAGAAGGCCUCGACAUCUAUAAGAAGUUCCUGACUCGAAUGACGAGAAUCUCAGAAUUCCUCAAAGUCGCAGAGCAAGUGGGGAUAGACAGAGGAGACAUACCAGAUCUUUCUCAGGCACCGAGUAGUCUUCUGGAUGCGUUGGAACAGCACUUAGCCUCCUUAGAAGGAAAGAAAAUCAAAGAUUCCACUGCUGCAAGCAGGGCUACCACCCUUUCCAAUGCCGUCUCUUCCCUUGCAAGCACCGGCCUGUCACUCACCAAAGUAGACGAAAGGGAAAAACAAGCCGCGUUAGAAGAAGAGCAGGCGCGUUUAAAAGCCUUAAAGGAGCAGCGUCUAAAAGAACUUGCAAAGAAACCUCAUAGCUCCUUAACAACCGCCUCCUCCCCGGUGUCCAAUACAGCAGGAAGCAUCAUGACCACGCCAGCCAUCGACAUUUUUUCCACACCUAGCUCUUCAAACAGUACAUCGAAGUUGCCAAAUGACCUGCUGGACCUGCAGCCAACGUUUCAUCCAUCAGUGCAUCCUAUAUCCUCUGCGCCGCAAGUAGGAGGGACCUGGGGAGAUCCCUUCACUGCCGCCGCCGAUGCUGUCGACGAUGCCCUUCCAAGCCUAAAUCCUUUCCUCGCAAAAUCUAGCUAUCACCUUUCUGUCUCCUCUGACGUACCUCCUUUCACUUCCAGGACGCCUACUCGUGAGAUGUUUGUUGAUCGUUUCAACCCAUUUACUGAAGCAAACCCUCUUGAGGCAAGCAAAUAUGCACCUACUGUUCAGCUCUAUCACUUGUCUUCAGAUUCUUUUUGUGGUCCACAAGCUUAUCCUAAUGCUUCCCAUUUCCGCAGUGAGCCCUCAACUGUAGCUGGUCUAUUUGGAGGCUUGACUCCGUCUCCCGUCGCCCAACCCCAAAACUCUGCAGGCCUUAAUGUUGACUUUGAGUCUGUGUUUGGAAACAAAACUUCAAAUGUGCCAGUGGAUUCUUGUGGGUUUGAUGAAUUAGGCGGACUCCUCAAACCAACCGUGGCUUCUCAAAACCAGAGUCUUCCAGCUUCCAAAGCACUUCCUAAUAAAUUAGUGUCGGACGAUCUGGAUUCCUCUUUAGCCAACCUUGUAGGCAAUUUGGGCAUCGGAAACGGAACAGCAAAAAAUGAUGUGAAUUGGACCCAACCGGGAGAAAAGAAGCUAACGGGAGGCUCCAACUGGCAGCCCAAAGUUGCACCGACAACAGCGUGGAAUGCGCCGACAAUGAAUGGCAUGCAUUUUCCACAAUACGCACCUCCUGUAAUGGCCUACCCUGCAACAACGCCAACCGGAGUGAUGGGCUAUGGAAUGCCAUCCCAAAUGGGAGGAGUGCCAGUAAUGACGCAGCCAACCUUAAUAUACAGCCAACCUGUCAUGAGACCUCCAAAUCCUUUUGGUCCUGUAUCAGGAGCCCAGCUGUCUGCAGCUUCCAGCCCAUCCACUCAGAGGCCUCACAGCGCUUCCGGCAAGGAUCCUUUUGCGGAGGUCUCUCUCCAGGAUUUCUUGUAAAAACAACUUAGAUACAGUUCAUGUAACCAUGCCAGAGCGAGGGAGCGAGAACAGUUCCAGAAAGACCACGUGCUCAGCAGCUGACCCUUCCUUCCAGCCGCACCAAAACCGAUGUCUCUUAAACUCUCCUCUUCCUUUAGACCAAUCCAGUAAAAGUAACAAAAGGCACACGAGAGCGGUGGGGGAGCCACCCUAGGGAAGCCGUGGUCUCCUGCCGCGCUGAGCAUAAAGCCAAGAAUUGCCACAGUUUUGGUGUAGGAUCUUUCUUUCUUUUUUCUUUUCUCCUCCUCCCCUGGUGACUUAACGUGUCGGUAGUAGCCACAAUUGCGAACACACGCACAUAACCACAAUUGAGAGCCCCCACACAAAAGAAGUGUCUUAUUCCGCAAAGGAGGAUUUAAAAAACAAAACAAAAACGUGCAUUUGGAGCUGCUAUUUGGGACGAAGAGCUAAGCACUGUUUUACCGUUAACGCCAACGACUUUUUUCUCUAGGGGAUCGAAUACGUUAUCCUCCAGCUUUUCCUCUUCAAUCAUCAUCAUCAAUAUUAGGCUCAAUAAUGAAAAGCUUAACUUAAAAAAAACAAUUAUAUAUUCCGUUGCAUAGACAUUACUUUAUGUAUUAUUUGUAUUUAUUUAUGGUUAUCGAUUUUAAGUAACAUUGUUAUCACAAACCCUCCGUUGUGGAGAAAAACGUGUCUGUGGAUGUAUCAGUAUGUCUCCUCUCCUAGGGUUUUUUUUUAUUCCCCCCUCUCCUUUCUCUCCACAAGAACGACUCGGAGCGCAUCCUCACCCACCAGUACACACACGGAGCACAGAGUAUGUUUCCAGGUCUGAGAACACCGAUCGUCCAACCUCCCUGGGCAUCGGAGGUGUUGUCCUCACAAACUGUCGGUUCCGCUACGGAUUUUGGGCGGGGGGGGGGGGGAGAGCAGCCCGACCGGCUUGGAGGAGCAACCGGGGGGAGGGAUUGCUCGACCAGGCGUCGGGGGCUUCAGGAUCGAACUUUUUCCUUGCUUUGUGCUUGGCAUGUAAUUAAUUAUCUUACACUUGACAUAACGGCCUUUCCAAAAUGAAUGUGAGGAAUUGCUUUCACUUUUAAAGACUUUCCUUCUUCUCUGUACAAACAAACAAAAAACAAUUUGAGGUAUUAUUUGGGAGGGGGGUGGGUUUGAAGAACGCCUCGAUUAUUUCCUUCGUUUGGCUAGGGCCGUGCCCGUGAAUCAUGUACCGUGGAAUAAAUUAAAGUCUCAAAAAGGGAAGUAGCACCUUCAAGGGCACGGUCCGUCAGGAAACUCCCCUGUGUCGUUCUCCUGUUGAAUGGGGAGGGAGGGGGGGGGCUUGGUGCAGGAAAUCUUUCCCCUCUCAAUCAUGUAGGUAUCCUGAUUUUUUCUCUGCAGAAUCAGAAGCGGCGCUGUUGACCAGCGCGCUUCCGUGUAAAUACAUCGUUCCGGUUUUCGAUGGCGAAACGGGGCCUUAAGAAGGACAAGUCGAAGGCAUGAAAGCAAUUCUGUACAUGAACUUAAAAGCAUACUUGCUGCAUUGUCUCCGCAGAUUCUAUUUUUGUUUAAAAUGUUGAAAUGUAUGUUAGCAAAAAAAAAAAAAAAAGGUGGAUUUUCAAAUAAAAUGCAGCUUCCACAAA